UCCAGUUUCUUUAGGUCACACCAGGCCCCAACUGCGUCAGACUAAUCUCUAUAUGUUAUCAUCACCAUCAACUUCAUUUUCGACCAUUGCGUGGCCCUUAAAGAAUCCCAUGAGCCCUGAGCAUAGCAACUACGUUUAUAGAGAGACUGAAGCUUCAGUGUCAUUUGCUCAAGAUUACCCUCCAUCUCAGCCAAAACUCGAGCCCAAUUGUUCCACCAUCUCCACUUCAAUUGGCAGUAGCCCCACGAUGGUUAAGAAGCUUUAUCACAUUGCUAGCGAGCGUGAUCGUCGCAAGAAGAUUAAUACUUUGUACUCCAGUCUUCAUACGCUACUUCCCCCAGCUGAUCAACACGAAAAAUUAAGCAUUCCAGCUACAGUUUCGCGCAUGGUCAAAUACAUACUAGAACUACAACAACAAGUGGAUGAAUUGAUUCAAAAGAAGGAAGAGCUUAUAUCAAGGAUUUGUAGGCAAGGUGAACAAAUUCAUCAAGAAAAUCAGAGACAAAUUGCAAGUCGGAGCUCUUUAUCUGCUGUUUCGGCAAGUUGGCUUAAUGAUAGAGAAGUUAUGAUUCAGAUAUCCACAUAUAAUGUUCAUAAGAGUCCAUUGGCUGAGAUCUUGCCUAAUUUGGAGAAGGACGGGUUUCUAAUAUUAAAUGCUUCAUUUUUUGAGUCCUUUGGAGGAAGGGUGUUUUAUAAUUUGCAUCUCCAGGCGGAAAGGACUUAUGCUUUGAAGCGUGAGGUUUUGAGUGAGAAGCUCCUAUCAUUUUCCGAAAGGGGGGAAGAGAUCAACUACGAAAAUCUUGGCUCUAUAUAUUUUAAUGAUGAUUUAUAUUAAUGGAACUAGGACAAGCUAGGUGUGUUGGUCUAUAUAUUCAAAGGGACUUUGAUAAUAGCAAACACUUUAUAUGCACAUGUGCAUACCUAUCACUGUGAAAGGUAAUGGAAUCAUAUGUACAUUUUGGAAACAUGGAACAAAAGGAAACAUGUAGUUAAAGUAAGAUGGAACAAUCGGAGGAGGGCUGUUUCAGCCUCAAUACAGAUUGCUUAUCUUUGAGCAA